AUGGCAUCGCUUGUAUCGAGUAGGGUUAUCCAAAUUUCGAAUGUUAGUUGUCAAUGUAUGAAAGAUCAAUUGAAGGCUUUAUUUAGCUUUUUUGGUCGAAUUGAUGAUUUACAAUUGUAUCCUGACAGUGAUACUGUUGCAUCGACUGUCAACGGCAAAGUUGGAUUUAUCAAAUUUGAUCGUCUUGAUGCUGUUUAUGGUGCUUUAAAUAUGACAAAUACAAUAUUUAUUGAUAAGCCUCUUAUUAUUACACAAGUGUUUGAAAAUAGUAUUCCAGAUGAAACAGAAGCUAUGAACUAUUGUGCACCACUAAAUCCAAACGUGACUCUUAUUCCCGGUGGUCCGACAUGGCCGAGUACAGUUAUAAAUCGUAUUGUUGGUCAAGGACCACAGUCGUUGAUUGAAACAUUUGAUCCUGAAUUAACUGAUAAAAAUUUACCACCUUAUCCAUCAUUGCCUGGUUCAUUAGACCAUUCAAAAGCUGAAGAAAUACGUCGUACGGUUUAUUUAUCAAAUAUAGAUAAAAAUGUUGGAUUGGAUGUAUUACAUGAAUUUUUAAGUCAGAUUGGCGAGAUCCGUUUUAUACGAGCAGCAUAUACGGAUGAAAAUGCUGACGUACGUGGUGCAUACGUCGAAUUUAGCGAACAACCGUCUAUACCAAAAGUACUUUCAAUCAAUGGCUUUUCUUUAUUCGGGAGACCACUCAAAGUUAAUCAUUCAACAUCGUGUGUAAUAAAACCUGCUACUACACGUGGACUGCGCAAUGAUGACGAUGAAGGCAGCCGCUCGCGAAGUCGUACACGUUCACAAACUCGUUUAAAAACGCGUACACCUAGUCCGAUAGUUAAGAGAUCCAAGGAUCUAAUAUCAAGUAGUUUUGAUGAUUUGAACAAUAAUGUCACUUCAACGUCAAACAAUCGUCGUUCAUCAUCUAGAGGAAAACGACGUUCACGUUCAACAAAACGCCGACAUGGUUCAUCAUCGAAAUCAAGAUCAAAACAUCGUUCACGGUCAAAAUCAAGAACAAAAAGCUCAAAAGCAGCUAAAUCUAGUCGACGUUCGUCAAAAUCGCCCUCGUCAAGAUCAAAGAAACGUUCACGAUCUCGUCGUCGAAGUCGUUCGAAAUCUCGUGAUAGAAAAAAAGAGAAAUCUCGUUCAAAAAAACGUUCACGUACACGUUCUAAAUCGCGUAGCAAAAAAGAUUCAUCUAGUGCACGUAAACGUUCGCGAUCCAAAUCUAAAGUAGUUUAUUUUAAUUGUAUUCCAUCAUUAUUUUGUUCAAAAUGUUUGGUUUAUUUUCAACAAUAUCGUACAUUAGGUUAUUUACCAAUUUUGUUGGGUAAAUGGCCAAAACAGAAUAAUUAUGUUAAGGGUAUUUUUACUCAACAAUUACGAACACUUGAUACAUCGCCAUCAUUAUUAUUACGAAAUGAAAAUGUUCAAACAAUUUAUACGCAAACAGUUAAUAUAUCAAAAUCUGGUAGAAUAGAAAUUAAAUGUCCGUUUAAUCUUUAUAUAACACCAACGGAUGUCAAAGAUUUUCCACGUGGAGACAAAGCAUUUUUUACCAUUUAUGGUGACAGUGGAUUUAAAUACACAAAAGAGUUUUGGAAUAAAUUAUUCAAAUUCUCAGCCAUAUUUAAUGAGGAAGAUAAAGUGUUACAUAUCAACGGACAGUUCACUGAGUUAGGAUUUAAAGAAUUAUUAGAACAAGCGCACACACUCGAAGUUUGUUGUGAAUUACCAUCAAUAUAUGAACUUGAUAUUCACUGUCUUGAUAAUAAUAAUGUUAAUGUGGAGUAUUUCGAUUGUCCUAGUGUGAAUAUUACCACAAAACGGGGUGGAUGCUCAAUGAAAAACAUAGUUGCUAAUAGCAUUGUUGUCCAUAGUCAAUCGGGAAAUAUAACAUGUUCGGGAUCAAUGCACGGUGCAAUUGAUUUGAGUACUGAACGAGAUGGUGUUAUUAAUGCAUCAAAACUACAAGGCUCAUUUAUUCGACUAAAGAUGGAAGAUGGUACAAUUCAAGUGAAAAGUGUUUAUUCUGAUCAUUUUUUAAUACAAGGUCGAAAAGGCAAUUUAUUACUCAGAAAAUUACAAGGACGAGGAAUAGUUGAUCUUAAUCGUGGAUCUAUAAAAAUUAAAUCGAUGGAUGGUGAUAUUUCUGUUCAAUGUGAAAUAGGUGAUGUUGAUGCAUUUUUUUCAACAGUUACCGGGUUAUCAACAAUUCGUGCUCAAAAUGGUAUGCACAUUUGUGAUGUCCAAUUAGGAGUAAUUGAUACCGUCCCGGUGCAUUUAAGUUUAGUGGGUAAGCGUGUACAGAUAGCUGAAGAAGCUGAAGGUCAAAUGGAAACAACAAAAAAGCGAGGCAUGGUACAUGCACAAGGUUUUAUCUCAAGUAAAUCAAGCAGUACAAUUGAUGUUAGUGCACCAAACGGUACUAUAGCUCUAAAUGUUCGUGAUUGGUUCAGUACGAUUAAAUUGGAUAAACAUGUUGAUUGA